AUGGAGUAUGCAUAUUCUUUUUCACUUAAAACAUAUUUACAACUCUCCAAACCUAAGGUUCUACUUCAUGCUGCUGGAGAUUUCACUACUUUUUUCACCUUGAUCAUGACAGACGUCCCUGAUGUUCCUGGUCCUAGUGAUCCAUACCUCAGAGAGCACUUACACUGGAUUGUGACAAAUAUCCCAGGCAGCACCACAGACUCAUCAUUAGGAAGAGAAGUGGUUAACUACGAAAUGCCAAGGCCAAACAUAGGAAUACAUCGGUUGGUAUUUAUUCUGUACAAGCAGAAGAAGAGGAUGCAGUCUGUGAGCGUCCCUCUUUGCAGAGACGGAUUCUGCAGCAGAAAAUUUGCCGAUGAACACGAAUUAGGGCAACCCGUCGCAGCCCACUUCUUCAACUGCCAACGUGAUUCCGCUGCUAGAACACGCUAG